CAGAGGGCAAAGCGGCGGCAGCGGGGUCCAGUACUCUCGUUGUGGCUGGGCGGCUAGUUUAAGUUGCCAUAGCUGCGAGUCUGGGGAGAGUGGAGUCUGUUGAGUGGCAGCGUUUGGUCAGUUGCACCUUCUGGGUCGCCGGUAGCCGCGGGAGCCGGGUGGGGCCUAGGCGAUGAUCCGGCAUUAACGAGCUUGGGUCCUCCUCCGUGUCAGGUGGCUUGGGGAAAGUGUAGAAGCAACCAAAGAUUAUCAGCUUGACGAGGCCCUUUGCCCUGAACCUCAUGAAGAAAUGAUAGGAGGCAGACAUAUGUGCCUAAGAAGAGCGUUGAGCUCAGAAAAGAGCAACUCAGAGUUUUGGGGGUGUGCUUUGAGUAGCAGUUUCUGACGCCCAGACUCCUGUGAAUCUUGCUGCUGCUCUGGGUCUAGCCCCCCAGUGGGGCUGCCACACUCUAGGCUGGUGCUGGAGAAUGUCUGAAAGGGAUCUGCUACAGUUUCCCAACAAACUGACUGGUGGACUGGACAGUUGAUUUUGCUCUUUUAUAAAUUUACCAAAAGACUUUGAGGAGAUGAAGUUACAGAAGAGCACUGAUGUAAAGAAGACAGAAGGAUUUGUGUACAUCAAUGGCAGAAUCAUCGAGCGAAUCCGAUCACUUCCGUGAUCGUGACCGAUUGAGUGCCUGGGCUGCUAGAUCAACUCACAGGGGAACUCGAAGUCUUCCUACAGUAGAAGUUACUGAGAAGGUCAACACUAUAACAAGUACUUUACAGGAUACCAGUCGGAACCUGCGACAAGUGGACCAGAUGCUUGGACGAUACCGAGAAUACAGUAAUGGACAGGCGGGUGCUAUAGAACAUUUAAAAGAAAGUUUGGAACAAUCAAUCGACCAACUGCGGAGUCAACGUUUAUUGAGAAACUCAGGAGGGAGAAGUAUUUCUGUUACAAGUUUGAGUGCAAGUGACCUUGAUGGUGGCAUUGGGCCAGAGAGCCAUCGUUUUCCACCUACCUCACCUCUCAAGGACUAUGGAGAUCCACAGGGUACUAAACGAAUGAGAGCCAGAGCUGGUGUCCGGUUUGUUCAAGAGACUGAUGAUAUGGCUCAGCUUCAUGCUUUUCAUCAGUCUCUUCGAGACCUCAGCAGUGAACAAAUUCGCCUUGGAGAUGAUUUCAACAGGGAGCUUUCCAGAAGGAGCCGGUCGGAUGCGGAAACAAAAAGGGCUUUGGAAGAAUUGACUGAAAAACUUAAUGAAGCCCAGAAACAAGAAGUGGUUUCAGAUCGGGUGGAGCGGCGGCUUCAGGAACUAGAGAGAGAGAUGCGUACAGAGAGGGAGAUGGUGGAAAGACGCCAAGAUCAACUGGGAUUCAUGUCCCUGCAGCUACAGGAGGCAUUGAAGAAACAAGAAACUAAAGCAGAUGAGAAUGAAGGGGCAAUAAAAAAUAAGCUAAGACAAACUGAAACUGAGAAGAAUCAACUUGAACAGGAAUUGGAGCUAUCUCGAAGGUUAUUGAAUCAAUCAGAAGGCAGCAGAGAAACACUUUUGCAUCAGGUAGAAGAACUGCGUACACAACUUACGAAAGCAGAGGGUGAUCGAAAACAUUUACAGCAUCAAGUAUCUCAGAUUUCCAAGCAACAGUCAAACUAUCAGAAUGAACAAGAGGAGGACUGGAGGUUUAGGAGAGGGGUUGAGCGGGAAAAACAGGAUCUGGAGAAGCAGAUGUCAGAUUUGAGAGUGCAGCUGAACUUCAAUGCAAUGGCAUCUGAGUUAGAGGAAGUGAAACGGUGCAUGGAGCGAAAAGACAAUGAAAAAGCACAUUUGGCAGCACAAGUAGAGAAUUUAACACGUGAACUGGAGAAUGGGGAAAAACAGCAACUGCAGAUGUUGGAUCAACUUAAGGAAAUCCAGAAGCACUUUGACACAUGUGAGGCUGAGCGCAAGCAUGCUGACCUUCAGAUCUCAGAGCUGACUCGCCAUGCGGAGGAUGCAACCAAGCAGGCUGAGCAGUACCUCAGUGAGCUCCAGCAGUCAGAGGCCCUGAGAGAGGAGGCGGAGAAGAGGAGGGAAGACCUGAAACUGAAAGCUCAAGAAUCCAUUAGGCAGUGGAAGCUUAAACACAAGAAGUUAGAGCGAGCAUUGGAGAAACAAUCUGAAACUGCUGAUGAACUGACAGACAAGAAUAACCAGAUUUUGAAAGAAAAGGAUGAAUUGAAAAGCCAGCUGUAUGCAGCAUUACAACAAAUAGAGAAUCUUCGAAAGGAAUUGAACGAUGUCCUAACAAAGCGUGCCCUUCAGGAGGAGGAGCUUCACUCUAAGGAGGAGAAACUAAGUGAUAUUAAGGCUCAUCAAGCUGAUCUUGAAUUGGAAGUCAAGAAUUCCCUGGAUACCAUCCAUAGACUGGAAAGCGAACUGAAAAAGCAGAAUAAGAUCCAAGGCCAGAUGAAAGCUGAGAAAGCUCAUUUGGAGGAAGAAAUUGCAGAGCUCAAGAAGAGCCAGGCCCAGGACAAAGCUAAGCUUCUUGAGAUGCAAGAGUCCAUCAAGGACCUGAGUGCCAUCCGAGCAGAUCUCGCUAAUAAAUUGGCCGAGGAAGAGAGAGCCAAGAAAGCAGUGCUUAAGAACCUUUCUGACCUCACUGCACAGGCAAAAUCCAGGGAUGAAGAAACAGAUACCAUCAUCACACAGUUAAAGCUGGAACGAGAUGUGCACCAGAGGGAGCUGAAAGAUCUCACAUCAUCAUUGCAGAGUGUGAAAACGAAGCAUGAACAAAAUAUCCAGGAGCUGAUGAAGCACUUUAAGAAAGAAAAGAGUGAGGCUGAGAAUCAUAUCAGGACACUGAAGGCUGAAAGUUUAGAAGAGAAGAAUAUGGCUAAAGUUCAUCGUUGUCAGCUGGAGAAGUUGAAAUCACAGUGUGACAGACUGACAGAGGAAUUAACCCAGAAUGAAAAUGAGAACAAAAAACUGAAGCUAAAAUAUCAGUGUUUGAAGGAUCAACUAGAAGAAAGGGAAAAACAUAUAAGCAUUGAAGAAGAGCACUUAAGGAGGAUGGAAGAGGCCAGAUUGCAGCUCAAGGAUCAACUUCUUUGCUUGGAGACUGAACAGGAAUCCAUUCUUGGAGUGAUAGGAAAGGAAAUUGAUGCAGCUUGUAAAACAUUCUCCAUGGACUCUAUGGAAAAAUUAAAAGUUUUUUCAUCUGGUCCUGAUAUACAUUAUGACCCACAUCGCUGGUUAGCAGAAAGCAAGACUAAACUUCAAUGGCUUUGUGAGGAACUGAAAGAAAGAGAAAACAAAGAGAAGAAUCUGCGACACCAGCUGAUGCUCUGCAGACAGCAACUCAGGAAUUUGACUGAAAACAAGGAAUCUGAGCUGCAGUGUCUGUUUCAACAAAUAGAAAGGCAGGAGCAACUUCUGGAUGAAAUACAUCGGGAGAAGAGAGAUCUACUAGAAGAGACCCAAAGAAAAGAUGAAGAAAUGGAAUCUCUGCAGCCGAAGCUACUGUUUAAACUUUCACGUUGGGAAGAUGCUAGUCAGACUGCAGUGAGAAAUCAGAGUGAAGCUCAAUUUGAAGAAAAAGCAGACCGUGUAAUUGCAUUAGAAACGAGUACCCGAGUGGCCUUGGACCAUCUGGAGUCUGUGCCUGAGAAAUUGAGCCUACUAGAAGAUUUCAAAGACUUCAGAGAUUCCUGCAGUUCAUCUGAGAGAAUUGAUGGAAGAUAUUCUAAAUACAGGGUUCGCAGAAAUUCUCUUCAGCAUCACCAAGAUGACACCAAGUACAGAACCAAAAGUUUCAAAGAUGACAGAACCUUUCCGGAAGGUUCCCACGCUCAUGGGUUAGAUCACUCAUCCUCUUGGCAGGAUCACAGUCGCUUCCUGUCUAGUCCAAGAUUUUCAUACUUGAACUCAUUUACCAAAAGAACUGUUGCUCCAGAUUCAACUUCAAUCAAGGAAGAUGCCACAAUGAAUGAAACAAGUUCACAACCCAAAAAAGAGGAAUAUGAGAACUAAAAAAGCAAAUGUAAUUUAUUAUUUUACAAGAGUGUUUUACAGAUAAUAACAUCUCUAUUCUUACAGAAAUUUGGCCCAGAUUAUCUAACAGACAUACCUGCAGCUUUGGCUCUCUAGUAUUCCCAAACACUGACAAAAGUGACAAUACUGUUGGUCCUUGUGAAUAAGUUAAAGCAAUCCAAAUAAUAUCAGCUCAUGAAUGAUGCACAGCUAAUUUAUUUGCAGCUUAUCCUAGCACAGAAAGAAUGGUAUUUUUUCACUUUGCAUUUUCCCUUUGCAAGUGUGGUCAGUCACAUUUUCCCCACCAAAAUUUGGAUUUCUAAUUGAGGCCUUUCAAAAAUUACUGGCUAAAAAGAAGGAAAAUGAGUUUCCCUUGAGGCAAAAGUUGCCAGCACUUUAUAUUCAGGGAGCAUUUAUAUGCAAUUGCUUUUUAGAAAAAAUGCUUUCUCCCUAAUAAAUUAUCAUGUGUUAUAACAUGUCAUGGAGAUGUGCAUACAUAAUAUUGGACAGCCCACUUUAUAAAUGCUCAGGAUUUUUAUAUCCGUCAUCUCAGCAGUCUGCAACUACAUGCAGUAACUGAAAAUUAUUUCCAAUCAUCCAUUUUUAAUAGCAAUAAAGAAUUCAUAAAUGAUAUUUGAACUGUAGAGCACUGUAAAAAAUUCAUAGCACAAUUUAUUUAUUUGUCUUUUUGUGGCCAAAUAUCCUACCGUGAUCACUUCAGUCAUACCCUGAACCAUCUUUGGUUCACUGUGACUAAAAUCAUAGCACCAAGCUCCUUUGUCCGUGAGAUUUAUAUAUAAUCUUGCAUAAUUUGGUACUAUCUGCUUCUACCAUCCCAACUUUUUUCAUCAAAGUGUUUAAGAACUUAUUUCCUUUACUUACUGAUCUCCUAGUGGAGAAAGAUUUGUAUUAAAUGCUAAGUAAUAGUAAACUUUCAUGAACUGAAUCCUACUGAGUUGUGGAUUCUGCACAGACAAGGACAAUAAACCAAUACCUUUGUAAUAUGCAUUACAUUAUGUGUUUGUUAAAGUACACUUGCUUGUUAGAGUUCUCACAUUUCAUGAAGGUGCUUCUGCUCAGAUAUGUUUUCCUAACUUACCUAUUUGAUGGUACUGAAGAAGAAAAAAAAUGGCAGUCUUUUCCACGAACUCAAAUGCAACUCUUCCUAUAGAUCAUGGAGAUAUCCUAUCCAAAAAUUGCCUAACACAAGCUGUGUAAACUCUGAGAGAUGCAUUUUUGUCAUUUAUGCAUUUCAAAAAUCUCGUAUUGAGUUCCUACUAUAUGCCAGUCAUUGUGCCAGAGGAAAAAAUGAAAUUCUAAAACAGUUGUGCAUGUCACAAAGUUUGUUUAGCAUUAGGAAUUACAUGAAAAUCGGAGUGGUUUUAUCAGUCUAGCUGGAGAAAUUUGGGAUUAGAGAACAUUAAACAGAUUUGGUUUAUUUUAUCUAACUUUAGGAAUUCUUAGAGCAAUGUAAUGUACUAAGGAGCAUUAUGAGGUUUUAUUGGGAGUAUCCUGUGUAGUGUGACUCACAGUCCUGGUGAUCCAUAUAAUCUAUUUUACUCUGUGGUAAUAUUUAGGGUAUUGAGAAUUUAUUUCCUUUAUGGUUUGACUAACAUCAAAAUAUUUUAUCUCCCUGGACCUAAAUAAGCACCAGGGAAGAAAAUACAAGGCAAAAACCACAGAUAUCAUUUAAAUCCUAAGGAUAAAUGUUAGUUAAAAAACUUUUAUGUAUUAAUAGGGCCUUCGUGCAGUCUGUUCCCUUCUAUAACAACUGAUCUAAACCAUUGCAUCUGUGGUCAUUAAAAAAAAAAAUUGCACCAAACCAAUUAGACCUGAAAAAUUAACUCAAAUUAUUUACAAGGGAAAUCCUUGAAAACAUAUUGGCCAGUGAUUUUAUAACAGAAUGGAGAGGAAUCUUAUAGAGGAACUUUCUGCAUCUAAAAAAAGCCAUUAUAUCAUGUUAUUGAAUGCCUUGUGCUACUUUUGGAUGAAUGAAGGUGUCUGACUUAUAUAUGGAGCACACAAGAACUUCAAAGGCAAAGUCAACUUUCUGUGAACAACAAUUUUGUCAAAAUUC